AAUAAAGAAUCUGAAGGUAAAUAAAGGAGCUUUAUGCCGGGUAGAGGUGAAAUGGAGAUUUACACAGAGACUGACACGGUGGAAAGGAGGCGAGAACACUGGAAGCUCCUGUCCAACCUGAAGACCACCGUGGAGGGUCUGCUGUCCACCAACAACCCAAACGUCUGGUCUAAGUAUGGAGGUCUGCAGAGACUUCACAAAGACAUGACCAACAUCCUGAGCCACGGACUCAAGCAUGAACAGGUGUACUAUAAGCAGAAGGAUUACUGGCAGUUUGUGUGGUGUCUGCGCUUCAUCAGUCCCCACCUCGCUCCUCACGUAGAGCAGUUCAGCCACAUGGGGGCAGUGCUGAGCAGCAGUGUGCAGGGUGAGAGUGAUAAAGCCGAGCGCUGGCUCCUCCACAGCCUGCAGAGCCACACCCUCUCCGCCCAGCUCAAACCCCUGCUCACACACCCGCACAGCGCCCGCAAGUACUACACAGAUGAAGCGUUCCUGCUGAGUGAGCAGCACGUGGUGGCCACGCUGCAGUGUCUGGAGGCCGUGGAACAGAACGAUGCCCGUCUGCUCGCCCUCGUCGACACCGCCCAGUUAUCCCCCCUGAAGCAGAGUGUACCUGUGGAUCUGCUUAACCCUCAGAGAGUGUUCUUACUGCCCACGGUCACCGUCCGCACACACACUCCGUCCUGCUCUGGUGAAGACAACACACACACUCCGUACACUGAAAGAUCGGCUGAUGUUCUUGUGUUUGUUACAGACUCGGGAACCCCGCGGUGGGGUACCAACCCCGAUCAGGGCGUCUCGAACCCGGCGCCGUCCCAGAACGACCUGCUUCCCCGCGCUAACACCUCCGCCAGCGAGAGCGGAGACUGUGAUGGAGACGACGAGCCGGAGUACCUCGCCAUCGGGAACCUGGGGAGGAGAAGCCACAGGGACUCCGCCUGCUCGACCGUCAGCAGUGAGCGCGCUCAGGUCCGAGGCCUCGCCCCACCGCCGCAACCCCCCGCCCUGAGACGCAGUUCCUUCUCUGAUGCACAGAGGGGGAAAGGGCGUGUCCGGGGUCACGCUAGGUCACUGUCUGAUACAGGGCUGACUCAGAAACAUAAAGCAGAAUCAGGUUUAGAAGAUCCGUGUGUGAGUUAUGGACCCUUCUCUCCUCAGAGCAGCACUAGCUGCAGCAGCCACAGUUCUCUCUAUAUGGAGGCGGGUGGGUUUCAGUACUCGGGCGGGUCUGAUGGGUUGUUCCGGAAGCCGUCGGAGGGACAGAGUCUGAUCAGCUACCUGUCAGAGCAGGACUUUGGCAGCUGCGCAGAUCUAGAGAAGGAGAACGCCCACUUCAGCAUCUCGGAGUCCCUCAUCGCCGCCAUCGAGCUGAUGAAGUGUAAGAUGAGGGCGGACGAGGCGGAGGAAGACGGAGACAGCGACUCUGAGAUCCAGCAACUCAAGCAAAAGAUUCAUCUACGGAGGCAGCAGAUCAGACGCAGCCGCCUGCAGGCGCCCAGCUCCACCCUGCGCGUCCCCUCUACAGACAGUGGAGGAUCAUUACGGAGCUCGCAGGACUCACCGCACCAGUCUGACUCCGGAUCAGCCGACGACCUGGACGACUGUGAGCCGAGAGAUGCAGAUGUGAGGUCGAGCGUAAAUCUAAGCAGCAGGUCUUUCAUCAGCUCCGAGUCUAUUUCUCACUCGUUCCUGCAGUCGAACAGCGCAGAGUCGGUGGCGAUGGGGCUGCUGCGCCAGUUUGAGGGUCUGCAGCUCCCUGCAGCGUCUGAGCUCGAGUGGCUCGUCCCGGAGCACGACGCUCCUCAGAAACUGCUGCCCAUGCCCGACUCUGUGCCCAUCUCUCCCGAUGACGGGGAACAUGCGGACGUGUAUAAGCUGCGUAUCCGUGUGAGAGGAAACCUGGAGUGGGCGCCACCGAGACCGCAGAUCAUCUUUAACAUCCACUCUGCACCCAAGAGGAAGGUGCUGGUGGCGAAACAGAACUACCGCUGUGCAGGAUGUGGAACUCGAAUUGACCCAGGUUAUAUCAAGCGGCUGCGCUACUGCGAGUACCUGGGCCGCUAUUUUUGCCAGUGUUGCCAUGAGAACGCUCUUGCCGUGGUGCCGGGGCGCGUCCUUGGAAAGUGGGAUUUCACCAAAUACUACGUCAGUAACUUCGCUCGAGACCUGCUGAACAAAAUUACCCAGGAUCCUCUGUUCAACCUCAACGACAUCAACAGCAACCUGUACAAGAAGGUGAAGAACCUGGAGGCAGUGCGGGUGCUGAGAAUGCAGCUGUUCCACAUGAAGAACCUCCUCAGGACCUGCCGCUUCGCCCAACAAGUGUUGAAGCAGUUCGACUCCGCCCCUGCUCACCUGAGCGAGGACCUGCACCUGUUCUCUCUGAACGACCUCAUGGCCGUUCGCUCCGGUGACCUCGCUCCUAAGCUGCGUGACCUCGUGCGGGCGGGGUCGACGCACGCCGCGUCCUGUCUGCUGUGCCAGGCCAAGGGCUUCGUGUGUGAGUUCUGUGGAAACGAUAAAGACAUCAUCUUCCCUUUCGAAGUGACCAAGUGUCGCCGCUGUGAAGAAUGCAGUGCGUGUUACCAUCGUACGUGCUUCAAGAGCAAGAGUGUGUGCCCGCGGUGUCGACGCCUGGCAGAGCGGCGCGAGAGGUUACGGAGUAAAAACACAGACGAGGAGGAGGACGAGGGCGGAGGAGAAUAAAACACACACACACACACUGAUACACACACGGCUGCCUACAUAGCUUUAGGACUGUUAGAUGGUGUGUGUGUGUGUGUGCAGACGUUCUAACUCCUUAUUUCUGAUUCUUUGUUUUUGUUAUUUUUAAUCAGAGCUGUAAAAAGAAUUUAUUUUAUAUAAACGUUAAGAUUUAUUCUUUAUUUAUUUUGUAUUAACAUCAUCGUCUUUUAUAUUUCUGUCAGCGUGUGAUGCAGCUGCUCUGUGUGUGUGUGUGUGUGUGUGUGUGUGUGUGUGUGUGUGUGUGUGUGUGUGUGUGUGUGUGUGUGGUCUUCGUUUGGUUUGUACUCCCUGCCGGCACUUUUCGGAGACCAUAAACAGGAUAAAAUGGCACAAACUGCCGCCCCGGGUUGCACCGUUUUCGCCCGUGCUUUAUAGGUUCCUAUAUUAUCGUGUUGGCACCCAUCCGUCCUGGCGUCCUCGUCUCUGGUCCUGCUGCGUUAUCAAUAAUGCGACGAUGUAUGAAAUGGAAAACUGGAAUUUCUACCCUUGAAUCGAGCACUUGGACUCAUAUUGAACAUCAUGUGGGGGGGGUAAUAUGGGUAGAAUCAGGACCAGUGGUGGCAGUGUUACGUAUUCCUGCACUUUUAAAUGACUCUGAUGUUCAGAAAUGAUCCACCGUUGUGGUUCGGGUACCAAUUUAGGAGCCACUUUGAAUGUUAAUAUUAUUUGAUGAUCGGUAAAUUCAAUCGAAGGCCCACUUACGUUCCCCGCCUGAAUAUUUGUGUUGCUCCUGCUCAGGGAACUUCAGGAUUCCAUUUCGCUCUGAAUCUAACGUUUGCUCUUAUAUUAUUUUCUACUUUUAUUAGGUGUUAUAAGCAGCAAGUUAGUCCUGAUGUCCACACACCGGAGCAUGUGUGGUUCAGUCGUGGUUACUGCUGCAGCGUCAUGUCUUACAGGAAAUCCUGCAGUAUGAAUGAGACUGCGCUCCGGAUGAUGAUGCAGCUUUUUUUGCAGUCUGUUGUGUUUGUUGUUUGGUAGGUUGGAGGUUUGCUCUGACUGGUUUCCAUUCAUGUCGCUCCGCUCGCUUCACGCUGUCUUCUGGUUUUCAUUCUUCAUCGUUCCAACAUGAUGAUUGGAUAAUUGGCUUUGAGGUUUGUUUUAAAUCCUCACUAAGCUCAACGUCCACCUUAAAAUAAAUUCACCAUUUUUUUUAGCUUUUUUACUUUUUUUAAAAGUGAAAAUCGCCACACGUGUUGCUUUAUGCAUCGUUUUACUUCAUAAGUAAGCAUUUCCUUUUAUUAUUUUCUAUUAUUUGUGCCCCAGGUGGUUUUAAGUUUGUUGAUAGUAGCACUGUUACCCCUUAAACUGCCCCCCUGUGAAUUACAGAGCAAUAGUGUAACUGUCUGUUUAUUCCAGGUCUAGAUUGUGGAACGUGGCUGUUUAUUUCAUCUCAGUGUUUUUCUGUUAAUGGUCAAACAGUGAAAUGCCCCAAGUGGUUUUAAGUUUGUUGAUAGUUGCACUAUUACUGCUAAAAUUGCCCCCUGUGAAUUACAGAGCAAUAGUUUAACUUUAAAUAGAAUUCUAAGUAUUAUAUUUAUGUAUUUAGUCCAAUAAAUUAGUUAUUAGUCUGUUUACUCCAGGUCUAGAUUGUGUAACGUGGCUGUUUAUUUUAUUUUGGUGUUUGUAUGUUAUUGGUUAAACAGCAGCCAGGCUUUGAUUUAUUUGGUGCAUUUGGACUUCUUACCUCCGUUUUUGUCGCACCUUUAUUCUCCAGUAUGAAUUUGGGCCCAGAUUAUUAUUUAUUUUUAUUUUUUAGUGCAUUUAGAGCAACGUGUAAAGUUCUUAAAUUGAAUAUGAGCGCAGCACAGACAUAGAUGCGUCAGUAGAUGCGUCAGUAUGUGUCGAUAUUGUCGAAGCAGCAGCAGCAACAAGCCGAUUAUUCUCAUACAGUGUUAACUUUUAUCGAUGGUGCUGCACAGAGACGGGGGAUAACGCAGAUCAGUGCGUGUCUCUCCGUGCGUGAUACGGAUCUCCGUAUGAACCGCCCAGUGCUCCGUCGGUACUGCACACGUGUCUGAGGGGGCGUGUGUUAGUCACGACCCUCCUCAGGUCCUCAGUAGUGGAGGUCUGCAGCAGAAUUGGGAAUUGGACACGACUAAAUGAGGAGGAAAAUUGGGAUGGGGCGUUUAAAUAAAUAGUCUGCAGUAAGGAAUCAUUCAUUCUGUGACUGAUAACAGACAGUGGUUUAAAAUGCUAAACAAUUAGAACAGAUACAGGAUGCAGUGGUCAUGUUGUGGUGGGUCCAGUGCCACCCAGAAACCCUGGGCACAGGGCACUGACUGGUAUUGUUUAGGGGGGUGAAAGGAAACCCAGAGAUGCGUGAGUAGAUGUCAAUAUUGUUGAAUGUCAACUUUCAUGUUGAUUUUUGUCCUUUAUAAACGGCAGGUGUGUGUGUGUGUGUGUGUGUGUGCGCGCAUGGCAUCACCGCUGUGUGAAAACUUUAAUAAAAAUGCACUACUAAGAAAAUGUAACUUGAAUAAUGUAAAUAAUGUGAUGUAAAUGUACUAUUAAAGACUCAGACUGUU